AUGGCCUCGUUACCACUUGUUAGAGUCGUUGCCUUAGUAGCCUUUUCAGUUUUCUUGACUUUAAUUUUGGGUUUUGGACUUCCCGCUGCACUAAACUUUGUGGCCAGAUUAUGUGGAUUUCCUGAAGCGAGUGUAACCGAGUGCGUCGUAGGGGUAUAUUUGCUCUUCGUGUUGUAUGUGGCAAUGCCUCGGUUACCAAGAGGAUCCAUAAAGGCUGAAGGAAAAGCUGUUCUCAUUACGGGCUGUGACUGUGGAUUUGGCCAUUCCAUUGCCAAACACCUUCAUAACCGUGGUUUCACUGUGUUUGCAGGAUGUCUUCUUAAGGACAAAGGUGGAGAAGGUGCUCUGGAGCUAGAGAAAAUGCACUCAGACAGGAUGAAGGUGGUCCAGUUGGAUGUCUGCGAUGAGGAGCAGGUCUCCCGGGCUGUGGAGUUUGUGAGAAGCAACCUGGAGGACCCAGAGAAAGGUCUGUGGGCUGUGGUAAACAAUGCUGGCAUUUCCACAUUUGGAGAGGUGGAAUUCACGACUAUGGAAACAUACAAACAGGUAUCAGAGGUGAACCUAUGGGGAACCAUCAGAGUGACCAAGGCUUUUCUGCCCCUCAUCCGUCGGGCCAGAGGCCGUGUGGUAAACGUGGCCAGCAUGUAUGGUAGGAUGGGAAAUGCCCUCCGCUCUCCGUACUGCGUGUCUAAAUUUGGAGUGGAGGCUUUCUCUGACUGCCUGAGGUAUGAGAUGAAAGCCUGGGGGGUGAAGGUGUCCGUUAUUGAACCGGGAAACUUCAUCGUGGCCACAGGCAUCCUUACGCGAGACAUCGUCGGCGCUACAGCUGAGAAGCUGUGGAAGGAGGCACCCCCAGACGUUCAGAAAGACUACGGCAAAACCCACUUCGACCAGUACAUGGCUCUCAUGCGUUCUUACUGCAACAGCGGACAGAAGGACAUGGCGCCCGUUUUGGAUGACGUCACAGAUGCCAUUGAAUCGAAACGCCCGUACACCCGUUACUCACCCAUGGAGCCCCACUGGUGGAUUCGAAUGCAAGUUAUGACUCAUCUCCCAGGGGCCAUUUCAGAUCGCCUUUAUUUCUGAGUAAGACACGACGUCUGUUCUCCCAGUGAGAUGCCAGUGGCUAAAUGAUGCGGUUUUAAGGAUUCAUCUCAGUGGUUUGCUUUAGAAAUCUCACACCCUUGUUUGUCGAAUCACAGAUUGAUGUUUCUUUUUUUUUUUUUUGUUUUGUCCUCUUUUUUUCCAGUCUUGAACACUGUAUUGCAUUUUGGUUUUUCUCUGAAACGCAAGGGUUAACGUUCGCUCGAGUCGACCCCACAGUGCAGUACUGUACUUUGUUUUGAUUCAGUUAAGCAAUCUUUCCAUUAUGAGAAUAUAAAUAGCCAAAGGCUGACUGCCAGAUACAGAGAA